AUACACAUUUAUAUUUUAUUCUUAUUUUUUUGUCAUGUUUCAUCAGAUAUGUUUUUUAUAGUCUUGUUCUAUUGUAACACAAUCUCAUAGUUUCUGUCAUUGGUGCUCAAAAUGAUUUGAAGUUGAAAAAAAACAAUUUAUUCAAAUAAAUAGAGAAUUUAAUGAAGAUAAAAUUAAAAUAAUUAAAUAGGACUAAAAUUCGGAAUAAUGUUUAUUAUAUUAUUAUAUUAAAUGUUACUAUUAGUAGCGGUAGUAGUACAAGACUAUGACGUUGUUGCACAGACAGACCGACAGAGUAACACUGCCACCCUCUGGUGAAUCGCAUGUACUGCAGACACUUGUUUUGCUCACCAACAGGAGGAUUACAGUGCGCGCGCAUGACAACUCGGCGUGCGUCGUGUGCAAUGAUGGAUGCAGUGAAAUGUGUGUGUGCGUGAUUUGGAUUCAACUCUGUGGGUGGACGCGCAUCCUUCAGCUGCACGUAAGAGUGUGUGUUGUUGCGUGGACAUCUCACUCGCUCUCUCAGUGAAGAUGACGGCUAACAGCAGGUACAGGAGUCGCGCGCAGCCCCGUGCAGGUGAGCAUCAUCAGUAACAGUUACCGCUUCAUUGAUUAAUCAUUGAUGAAUGAUUGUGUUUUAUCUUCUGGAUGUCUCCUGCUCUGUCCUCCUGCCUGACCCUUGUCUCCUGGAAUCUGUCUCCAGAUGAUGGAGAGGAAAAGGAGUAUGUUGGUUUUGCGACACUGCCCAACCAGGUGCACAAGAAGUCUGUGAAAAAAGGAUUUGACUUCACCCUCAUGGUGGCAGGUGAGUCCGGUCUUGGUAAAUCCACCCUGGUAAACAGCCUGUUCCUCACCAAUCUGCACAAAGACCGAAAACUGCUCAAUGCUGAAGAACGGAUCAGUCAGACAGUUGAGAUCACAAAGCUCACCGUGGACAUCGAGGAGAAGGGUGUAAAGCUGAAACUGACCGUUGUGGACACGGUGGGAUUUGGAGACGCGGUCAACAACACUGAGUGCUGGACGUCCGUCACAGACUAUAUCAACCAGCAGUUUGAACAGUACUUCAGAGACGAGAGUGGACUGAACAGAAAGAACAUCCAGGACAGCAGGGUGCACUGCUGCCUCUAUUUCAUCCCUCCGUUUGGACACGGGCUUCGUCCAGUGGAUGUAGAGUUCAUGAAGGCCCUACAGGACAAGGUGAACGUGGUUCCUCUCAUCUCAAAAGCAGACUGCCUCACUCCCACUGAGAUAAAGAAACUUAAGGAGCAGCUAAGAGAGGAAAUUGAUAAAUAUGGAAUAAAGAUCUACCAGUUUCCCGACUGUGACUCUGAUGAAGAUGAAGAGUUCAAGCGGCAAGAUAAAGAGCUGAAGGAGAGCUCGCCGUUUGCAGUGAUCGGCAGUAACACUGUGGUAGAAGUCCGAGGCCAGAGGGUGAGAGGGAGGCUCUACCCGUGGGGCAUUGUGGAGGUUGAAAACCCAUCCCACUGCGACUUUGUGAAGCUGAGGACUAUGCUGAUCAGAACCCACAUGCACGACCUAAAGGACAUCACCAAUGACUGUCACUAUGAGAACUACAGAGCUCAGAUCAUCCAGACCAUGACCAGUAAGAUGAAUGCAGAUAAGCCAGUGGAGAGCCCCAUCCUACCACUAUCCACACCAGGCGUGGAGACAGAGAAACUCAUCAAAAUGAAAGAUGAAGAACUGAAGAGGAUGCAGCAGAUGCUUCAGAAGAUGCAGCAGCAGAUGCACGAGCAGGACUUGUGACCCCUGAUUUAAACCAUCACAAAUACAAUAUUUCUCCCAACACUUGUCAGAAAUAAACUGUGGACAAAAAACAAAACGCUGGGAGAUGUAUUUUAAAUCAACGUUAAUGUUUUGGUUUAAAUGAACCCUAGGGAUAUCCCGAUACAACUUAUUCACUCCCGAUACGAUACCGAUAUUGCAGCCUUGAGUAUUGGCCGAUACCGAUCCGAUAAGAAUCAUACAUACUUUAAUGACUUAUUUUGUAGUGUGAAAUUUUAGAAUAGGCUUGAUUAAGUGAUAUUACUUAAACAGAGAACAAAAGUCCAUCGCGGGGCCACACACAGAUAGAGACAAACAACCAUUCACUCUCACGGUCAAUUUAGAGUGUCCAAUUUACCUAAUCCGGAAGCCAGAGAACCCGGAGAGUACCCACGCAGAGAACAUAGAAGUCAUAAACGAACUUAGAUUAGCCAAGUCACACUUCUUUCUCAAACUUUUGAAUGAUGCUAAAGGGAACAGCAGCGAAAUUUGGAAAAGCAUCAACAGUCUCUUAGGGAGAGCUCAACAUCACACUGAAGAUAUCCAGCUCACAGUUCAGGGCCAGACAAUAGAUGACAAAGCCAAAAUUGCCUCCAUUUUUAAUUCUUUUUUUAUUGACUCUGUUCAGAGACUAGGAAAUAAUUUUAAGACUGGUGAACAACUCACUGACCUAAAUGUUGCGGGACAGGGUUUUGACCUAGUCACAGUGACUGAAGAGGAAGUGAAGAAAGUGAUUUGUUCUUUAAAAAACUCAAAAAGCAAAGAUGUCUCUCAUCAGGACACAGUGUUUAUCAAAAAACAUUCAACCACACUAAUUCCUCCAAUUACUCACUUGGCAAACCUCUCCAUUAUUCAAAGUUUCUUUCCUCCACACUGGAAACAGGCCAUUGUAACUCCUAUCUUUAAAUCUGGUGAUCGCAAUAUAGUCAGUAACUACAGACCCAUUAGCAUCUUACCAGUAAUUUCCAAAAUUGUAGAGUCAUAAACCAACUUACAGACCACAUAAAUAGCUGUAACCCUGGUCUUGACUCAGCACAAUUUGGAUUCAGAAAACACCAUUCCACAGAAACAGCCAUCCUCCACCUAACAGAGCAAAUCAGACUAGGUCUGGACAAAGGUGGAGUUGUUGGAGCUGUGUUCUUAGACUUAAGUAAAGCCUUCGACACAGUUAAUCAUAAGGUCCUUUUGUCUAAGCUCUCCAACGUCAACCUUUCGUCCAACACACUUGCAUGGAUAUCGUCCUACCUAUCCGAUAGAAGGCAGUGUGUGAAAAUUAAAGAUGCAGACUCCAGCUACUUAAGGUGCACAUUGGGUGUACCUCAAGGAUCUGUGUUAGGCCCACUACUAUUCAGUUUAUACAUUAAUGACCUCCCACUGUAUUGUCAUGACGCAGAGGUACAACUCUAUGCUGAUGACACCGUCCUAUACACACAUGCAAAAUCAGCUCAGCAAGCUGCUACUAAACUAACCAACGCCCUCGUUGGAGUUGCAGAGUGGCUCGACCGAUCCUGUCUCACCCUGAAUGUAAGUAAAACAAAAGGCAUGUUCUUCUCCAACACCAAGCUGAACAUCCCAGAUGUAAAUAUCUACAUCAGAGGUGAACAGAUUGAGACCGUCAGUGAGUUCAAAUAUCUUGGUGUGCUACUUGAUCCAAAUUUGAAUUUCAAGAAACAUAUCAAAAAGAUGACAAAAACCAUCAAAUACAACCUGGCUAACUUCAGGCAGAUUAGAUCCUCCCUAUCCACAGAGGCUGCAAAAAUAUUUCUGCAUGCUCUUAUUUUAUCUCACAUCUCCUAUUGUAUCACUUGUUGGGGGCAGGCUAGUCAAACAACAAUCAGGCCCUUAGAAUCCCUGUAUAAACAGGCACUGAAAAUAUUUGACAAAAAGACACUUAGGUACCAUCACUGUGACAUACUACACAGGCACAAUCUUCUAUCUUUUGAAAAUUUUAGAUUUUUGUCAAACGUAUGCACAGUCUACAAAAUCCUAAAAGGCUUGGCUCCCACCUGUCUGCAAAGGUUUGUUUGUUACCGUGGCUCUGUACGGUCCACAAGAACAGCAUCUGUACAUAGCUGCACUGUACCCUUUCGCUACUCAGCAUUUGGACAGGCAGCCUAUUCUGUUAAAGCUGUCACACAAUGGAACACCAUUCCAGAUGAUAUAAAAAACUGUGACCUGCUUGGUGGGUUUAAAGCUAAAAUAAAAAAACACCUAAAACUCUCACAACAAUGCACCCACUAAUUUGCCAGUGGCUAUUUGUGUGAGUGUAUGUAUGUGUGUCUGUGUGUGUGUGCACCUGUGAGGGGCACUUCCUACACUGCUGUAUGUUCUUACUUGUUGCGUAAUGUUUUAACUGUGCUGUAUUUAUUUUGUCCUUCUACAUGACUACAUGAUUACCUGCUGAGUGAUAUUUGAUGUUUUACCUGUGUUGUAUUUAUCUUUAGGUAGGGACUGCAGAUGUAAAUUAGCCCAAGGCUAACUCUGGUGUAAUGCAUCAAAUGGUGACAUUUAUGUUUUUAAUUGCACAUGGUCCCUUUCAAAUAAAAUCAAAUCAAAACAUGCAAACUCCAUGCAGGAAGGCCCUUGUUCCAACCGGGGCUCGACAACGGGUCUUCUGCGAGAGUGCUAACCACUACAUCACCGUGUGGCCCGCACCAAAAUGUAAAUGUGCCAAAUUAAGUUUUUACAAAUAACAAAAGCAAACGCAUACAUUAGAGGGUAAGGAAAAGGAACAAGAACUAAAGAAAUGGAUGAAAUAUGACAAAUCCAAAAAUCAAUGAAAUAAUCAUUUUAUCAUUUUUUUCCACAUUUACUGUACAUAUUUCAGUGUCAUAUGCUAAUGAGGUCUGGGGGUCUGGGGUUUGGUCUAAAGCAGGAUUUAGUUACAAGACGUGUGAUGGGUCAGUUCGACUACUUCUGUCUGGCAGAGAACAGCCAGUGUUCACUUAAGCUUUUACAUGCACGUGUGUAGAUGUUCUUUGUUAAAAAACAUGGGGUUAACUUACAUUGCCAGCUUCUGUAUUAUAGCAUUAGCUUACAACACAAAUAAAUCAAUCAAUAGUGAAAUACAUGUAAAAAAGAAAAAAUAAUAAUAAUUGUAUUUAUAUUUAUUUUGUGCUGGAGAAUGACUGGUUUAAAAAAGUUCUGAUUUCUGUUGGAAAAUGCUGUCUAUAUUUGGUGAACCUAAUGUUAAAAUAUCGUAGACUUGUUAGGUCUUCUCAUGUGAAUUUGACCUGUUUUUUCCUGCUGUCCCACUGAGAGCAUAGAACACAGUUUAAGUGUAAAUCUGGCUUGAUUUUAAAAAUGUGUGAGACACCACAAUCUUUGAAACCGAUUUUCAUUGUUUUAAUCCUGAGAAAACACAGACUAGAGGAUCCAGUCAAGACACAGGACCACACACUUUUCACGGAGAUUUAAGGGAUUUGGGAUCUCACUGAAACUUGUGUGAUUUAAAGUGACCAGAAUAUCAACAGACAUGGAGACGGACUGUCGGACUGACAUCACACAAUAGCUGUUGUGUGCAUGUGAUGUUUUGUGAUGGGAAAAAACUAAUCACUGAGAUGACAGACUCUACAACAUCCAUUUCCCAGUCCACUCACUCACUCACUGUGGGGUUCUCCUUGCAAUGUUUCACUGGCUUUCUGUCGAAUUUAGAAGAGAUUUAAAAAUUUGACUAAUUACUUUUAAAGCAAUACAUUUAUAUUUGAAUUACCGGCACCUUAUGAACCUCCUCAGGCAUGAUUCUCCUUACUGUUCCGACAGCCCGUCUGCUCACUAUGGGGAAUCAGUGGUGAGUUGUUAUCAUGUCGAGUGUCAGUACACAUCUUUCUACUGUCUUUAGCUUUAUAAUAUGUCAUUCUUUAAACUUAUAGAACAUAAAUUCAGUCCAAAAAAAGCAUGUUUGGAUUUCACCAUGUUUUUUUUGCUGUUGUCAUCUUCUCCUUCUUCUGUUUAUGGGCUGUUUGAAUUUACUGUGGGAGUGGAACAUGUGUGUGUUAGUCUGACAGCCUAGCUUAUAUUUGCAUAUUAUUAUAAGUCAGUUUUUAGUUUGACUAACAUAAUAUUUAAGAUAAAAAUAUGUCCAUCGGUUUCUGGUAUGCGCUUGUUAAGAUAAGACGUGUGCAGGAGCC